AUGAGAGUUCCUCAUAGGGAUGAGAAGGAUAGGGAGAAAGGUCCUGAGUAUGGAGCUGCCAGGCAGGAUGAUGAGAGGAAGGCCAAAAAGGAGGUUCAUGGAUGCGGUGACAUGCAGGUUGCUGGGGUGACAAAGGAGGAUGCUCAGGACAGGACAGAGGGAUGCCAGGCCCACCAUGCAAAUGAAGGCACUGAUGUUCACACGUCCAAUGGCGCGCACACGCACGCACACACACAUGCAAAGCAGACGCUUAUUGAAAUCGGCAUCGCUAAAGAUGGCCUUUUGAGAAUCACGGCCGCCUGCCUAGUCGUGACACAAGCUGGAUAUAUCAUGGAUGUGCUGAACCUGUGGCAAGAUGAUCCAGAGGAACUGCUGCUGGACCUGGGCUUUGGUGCGGAGGAACCCGACAUCACAGUGAGGAUCCCAUCCCGUUUCAUUAACCAGCCUUCACAGGCUCGUGGCAUCAACAUCCAGGUCUUUUUGGAUGCUCAACAGAGCCGGGUAGACAUUGAGAAUCCAGAUGUUAGAACUCGCUUUAGGCAGAUAGAGGUGUUACAGCAGGUCUCUACAGCCUUCAGUUCUCUCGUUGGAGGCACUGCAACACCUGAAAAGAAACCUGUGGAACAACCAAUCACAGAAGAAACCAGGGAGAGGAGGAGACGGGUUGGCAUGCUUUUUCGAAAAGCCUUUAAAAAGUCCUCUAGCCAAAGGGCCAAAUCCCGAGACCAGCCGUCGCUCUCUCCUCUAUUGGAAGACCAGUCUUUAGACUCAGAGCCUCCUGGAGAGUCUCCUCUCGACAAACGAAUUCCACCAAAGCGUGUCGGCCUUAGUCCUCUGAUUGAGGAGCAAGGUCCAGUCUCAGAAGCAGCUGAGACCACUAAGAACAAGCCUGUUCCUCAAGACAACAACCUGAAGGGAGGCAAAGAGCCCAAGAAUGGCACGACCAAUGGCACCACCACACAAAGAAAUCCAGGAGUCCCAGCAGAGUCUUUUGAGCUGGAAGAGAUCCAAAGCUUUGAUGAGGGCAGCAUUGGUGGAAGUUAUGCUGGCAACCCUGAUCAUUCAGGUCACGAUCGCGCAUGCCUCUCACGGGUUAGCUCAUGUCUGGUGAGGACGACCAGCUGCCAGUCAGACAGUAGUGGAUUUCUGGAGGAGCCAUUUGUCCCUCCCAUCCCCACCCCUGGACCAGAGCUCAUGAAGGUUCUGAGUGCUAUGUCUGGAGACAGUACAGACGGCCAGCAGAAAAGUAUUGACCAACAAGAUUCCGAGCUCCCCUAUCAGGAUUCUCCGCAGAUCUUACCAUCAGACACUGGUACAAAGAGGCCAGCGGACACCACGCCGGUAAUGAGACAUGGAGACACGGCAAAGAAUCAUGUACAGGACAUGUACAUGAACAGUGUAAGAGAAAGCAGAACAUUACAGAAGGACCUGCCAGGUCCUCCUACAUCAUAUGUGAAAACAAGUACCACAGCACAGAAGGAUUUGCCAGGUUUACGUGGGUAUUUGGGAGAAAAUUCCACGUUACAGAAGGGCGUGUCGGGUCUAUCAAACUCUGAUGACUAUGUGGGUGCAGGUACCAUGUUACAAAAGAACUUACCAGGUCUACCAGGCCAAGGUGGAGAAAGUACCUCACAGGGUCUUCGGGACUAUGUCAGAGGAAGCACCAUAGUACAGAAUGGCUCACAAGGCCAACGUGGUAGCUAUGUGGUCGGAAAUGCCACUUUACAGGACAACUCACAAGGUCUACGUGACUAUUUGAGAACAAGUACCAUAUUACAGAAGGAUUUGCCAGGUCUAUCUGACACUGCAGGAGGAAGUACCACCCUAGAGAAGGACUUACCAGGUCUCCGUGGUUAUAUGGGAGAAACUAGAACAUUAAAGGACACACCGAAUCCACCUUAUAAUGUGGUUCUGGGAAAUAAUACUCAGAUGGAGUCCACCAGCCCAGAAGCAGAACGUCGAGAAAACAAAGCAUCUCCGUAUACAGAAGCCACAGUGACUUAUUAUUCAGGACGUUCGGUUUCAGUGCAGAUGCGCUCCAACUCCCAGAGUUCUAUGAGAGGAAGCAUGAGCCACAGCUCGUCAUUUGGAAACAGCCCCGUCAGUCCCGGUGAGCUCAGAAGAGACUCGUUCUUGCGUAUGGAACAGCUGGACAACAAUUUCGAUACCGGUCUGGAUCCUACACGUAAAGCAGUCAUGCCUGCAAAAUCUGACUACAGGUCUCAGGACAGUUUCAGUGGGGUCCAAAGAUUUGGGCAGCGCUUGACAUCACUUGAAACAGGCCGGUCGUAUGAGGAGGACACGCGAUGGGAGUCGGCGCUCUGGUCUGGAGCUCGGUCAGGGGCUCGGUGUUGCGACUCCUGUCAUCACAAACAACAAAGCUUCGGGUCGAGACAAUCGAGUACAGCGUCCAGCUUCUCAUAUUCUAUGGAAGAACUGGUGGGCAUGAUGAGAUGCAUGUGGAAGUUCCGGAAGAUGCUUUCAGAAAUCGAGGAUAGGCUGCAGGAAGAGCAUACGUCUGUGAGCGGUGCUUUAUCAGAUGAACAAAGGACGGAUGUGCAGGACAUUCUGGAGCUGAGAACGGCUGUCAAAAAAGAAGCUGAUCUACUAGAACAACAGCUUAAUGAUCUGCUUCAGGCCUAUGAUGACAAUUUAAAAAUGAAAAUGAACAGACUUUUGGAUGAGCAGUCUUACCUGUGCACCGAGCUGCGGUUUAAUCGUCAUUCCGCAAACCACCCUGACCACACCUCCAAAAAAAGCAUCGGCAUUCAGUGCAACCUGCUUCCUGUGAUGGAAACUCCUGAGUCACGAGUCUUUCCACAGCUCAGCAAUGACUCACAGUUUAUUUACAACAGAGACUGGAACCCUGACAGCAAAGCUGACAAGCUAAAUUUCGUAGGACAUAUUAAAAGCUUUAAGGACAGAUCCCUCAGUUAAAGGAUGUAAUGGCUCACUGGACACAAUAUAAAGUUCUUCAGCUUCGGGAAGAUGACCGUUACGUCCUGAUAAAGUAUUUCAAUGUAUUACAGUCAACAAUUUUUUAUAAUCAAAUAUUUUUUAUAAACUGAUUUAUUUUUGUAGUUUAAUGAUGUGAAUUUUGUAAAUAUUAAAUUU